AUGGAUCAGGUUUUGAGGAAUGCUGCCGAGCAAGGAAACAUUGACACCUUGUACUCGUUGAUUGCAAUGGACGCGAGAGUUUUGGACAAGAUGGAUGAGAUUCCAUUCGUUCAGACCCCUUUACACGUAGCUGCAGCGGCAGGACAAACCCAGUUUGCGAUGGAGAUGAUAAUGUUAAAGCCAUCAUUUACUAGGAAGCUUAACCCAGAUGGCUUCACCCCAUUGCUCCUUGCUUUGGAUAAAAGUCGCACCCAAUUGAUGCACGAGCUACUUGCUGUUCAUAAGGACCUUAUUUGUACAAAAGGAAGGGGUGGUAUGAAUCCUUUACAUUAUGCAGCUCAAUCAGGAAACCUGCAUAUGUUGGCUGAAUUUCUAAGAUUCGCCCCCAAGACUAUUGAAGACGUGACAAGUCAAAGCGAGACUGCUCUGCAUAUUGCAUUGAGAAACAAGAAGUUAGAUGCUUUUGAACUCCUGGUUGGAUGGCUUCAGCGGGCCUGGUUUAAAAAUGCGGCAUUCUGGGAGAAGAGGAUUGUGAAUUGGAAGGAUGCAGAAGGAAACACUGUGUUGCACAUUGCAGCAUCCGAAAAUGCACCUCAGGUAGUAAGGUGGUUAUUGGAUUGUGGAGGACUCCUUGUAAACAUCAAGAAUCUAGAGGGUUUUACUGCUCUGGACAUCGCGGUGGCUAGGCAAACACAAGAGGAAAACCAAGAGAUGAGGAAUAUGCUAUGCCGUGCCGGAGCAAAACUUGCUUCAUCUCUUCCUACGAUUGCCUCUUGGGAAGAUUACUUAAGAUCUCCUGUCUCAAUUAAUGAGAAGUUAUUCAUAUGGUUCUUUCGUGAGAGAAUGCAAUUUUCAAACGACUUUCGCAAUAUGUUGUUGGUGGUUGCAGUACUGCUUGUAACAAUUGCCUACCAAGCUGUACUCAGCCCCCCUGGAGGAGUUUGGCAAGAUAAUCAGUUCAAUAUCGCAGCCGCCACCAGCAAAAACUGGAAGAUAAGAAUAAUGGGUAUUCUCCAAGCCCUCUAUAGAACCUUGUCUCUGGGGUUAAGAGGGGUUUCUCUGAUGCCAUUGAUGGGUCUGAAAAAUGGGUUCUCUCUCAGUAAUGGAUCUGAGGCUGAUUUGUUCUCUCCUGGAGGUGGGAAUGGUGGGAAGCCCAGUACCCAAAACUCAUGUCUGUCUGCAACACCAAACAUGAAAGAGGCUGCCUCUGUUCCUCAACCUCCAACGCCACUUCAGGAGAAGAAGUCUCAGGUUCCUGCUGCAAAUGAACAGGGUAGUGCUCCUGCUGCAAAGUAA